AACGAGUAUAUCGAGGAACACAUUAAACGACAUGGUAGACGAUUAGAUUACUACGAACGCAAACGUAAAAAGGAGGCUCGUGCUGCUCAUAAAUCAUCAGCAGUAGCCCAGAAAGCCUUCGGUCUCAAGGCCAAGAUCCUACAUGCGAAACGUCACGCAGAAAAGGUUCAACUCAAAAAGACCCUCAAAGCUCACGAUGAACGCAAUGUCAAGCAGUCCGACACAUCUGCCGUCCCAGAUGGUGCAUUACCUACGUAUUUGCUCGACCGUGAAGGCCAAAAGGAUGCCAAAGCCCUAUCAUCCGCAAUCAAACAGAAGAGAAAGGACAAGGCAGCUAAAUUUGCGGUUCCAUUACCCAAAGUCCGGGGGAUUGCGGAGGAUGAAAUGUUCAAGGUGAUGAAGACGGGGAAGAGCAAAAGCAAAUCAUGGAAGCGGAUGGUUACAAAAGCGACGUUCGUUGGGGAGGGAUUCACCAGAAAACCUGUCAAGAUGGAGAGAUUUGUUCGGCCCAUGGCACUUCGAUAUAAGAAAGCCAACGUUACACAUCCGGACCUGAAGGCCACUUUCCAGCUUCAAAUUCUUGGGGUCAAGAAGAAUCCACAGUCGCCAAUGUAUACUCAACUAGGAGUUUUGACGAAAGGCACUGUUAUCGAGGUCAAUGUUUCAGAACUUGGAAUGGUCACGACAGGCGGCAAGGUAGUGUUCGGGAAAUAUGCUCAGAUUACCAAUAAUCCUGAGAACGAUGGUUGCAUAAAUGCUGUUCUU